AGCUUGUCUUCCUUCUCGAUUCACUGAAUCGAAGGACCUAUAUUACCAUGGCUCGAAUAUCUCUUGCUCAGCAAAUCGCUGACUUGGAUGCACCUGCUCCAGUCGACAUCGAUCCUGAAGCUAUAUUCAAUGACCUUCAUAUACAAUCGUCAGAUGUCUCGAGGGCUCACUAUGUAAAUGUCGGGAAAAGUACCUUGCGGAAAUUUCAUGAUAAUAUUGCUGAUCCUAAAUACGACGGAGUGAAAGUGUCCCGCACACAACUCUUAGAGGAAGAUGACGGUCAUUCAUUCAAGUCUAACGGCGAGGAAGAAGAAGAAGAAGAAGAAGAAGAGCAAAAUGAUGAAAGUGGUGAGGAAAUAUGGCAGGAGGAAACUGUUCAUCGUCCGAGUGACGAGGGAGCUACCGCAAGCGAAGACAGUAAAGAAGAUGAAGCUGAGAAGAUUGUAACUGAAGAUCGCUCCGCUGCUGUAGACAUAACCCUGGCUCUACGAAAAACACAAGACGAGGACAGAAAGAAGGGUUUAGCUGUCUCUCGGCAAAUUGGUAUUUGGGACUCCUUAUUGGAUGCACGGAUUCGGAUUCAAAAAUCUAUAUCUUCUUCAAAUACAUUACCCUCGAGCUCCACGCUGAUUCAAAAUGAUUCUCAUUACGGAGAAUCGCUGAGUAGGAUGCUGAACGAAGCCGCAUCGUUGUCUGAACAGAUGUUCGAAUUACAAGAACUUCUUCUCCAAGCUGAUGAUUUAAUUCAGCUUCCUCCUCAAAAACGCAGAAGGCUGGAAACCGUGCAAACACUUUCUCAAUCAGACAUCGGAGGAUACCUAGUCGAAGCUUGCGAAGAUGUUUCACACCUGGAGAAGAUGUAUCAUCCUCAUCUCGUUCAAACACUCUCGAAAUGGUCUUCAAAAAUCCAAGCCGUCGCACCUUCGGUCCUCCUACCCUCUAACCGCAAUGCAUUCUUCAAAGACCGUCAACAUCUCAAAACUGCUGUCCAACUUGUCGACGAAAGUCUUUCUACUCACGAUAAACUACUUCAUCGCACACAACAAUGGCGGGGGAAGGGCCAGCGACUGGGGGUCGAGACUCAGGAAGGAGGUGUAGCAGAUGCGGAUGGGGAGAUAUUCGACGAUACCGACUUCUAUCAACAACUCUUACGAGACGUUAUCGAUGCGCGGAAUGAUGCAGGAACGAACGAUUGGAUGGCCGUUCAGAAGCAAAAGAAAGCUAAGAAGAAAGUGGAUACGAAAGCCAGCAAAGGGCGGAAACUCCGAUAUGACGUUCAUGAAAAGCUUCAAAACUUCAUGGCACCCAUCCAUGUCAAAGGAACCUGGCAUGAAGAGCAAAUUGAUGAACUGUUCACCUCGUUGCUUGGGAGAGGGUUUGAGGAUGCAAUCGAUGCUCAAGCAAAUGAGGUCAUUGGACCUAGAGAGGAUGCUGGAGAGUUAUCAGGUGCUCUCGAAGGUUUUCGGGUUUUCGGAUAGCAAUCGGCGUAUAGAGUAUUACAGUAAUCAUCAUUUACAGUAAUGCACUGGUAAUGAAUCUGAUUUGCUUACUAAA